AAAACACAUAGUCUCGCACAGAGACAAAUAAAAAAAGAAUGAUUCUGAAAGAAAGAAAAAAAAGAAAAAAACGAAACUUGUUGAGAUAAGACGAAGAUUCGUUUUGUGCAGAGAGAGAGAGAGAGACAUGGUGUUCCGAGGCGACACGGUGAUGUCCGUAGCCCACUUAUCUGCGGAUAUAUUUCAAAGGUGGAUUCCUGCGUCGGAUCGAAUCAGAAGCGGGGAGAUGUUGCAGCUCGUGUGCUGUUUUCCGCUUCAAGAACUGGGUCGAUUCGUGUCAUGGUUCUGGAACUACAUCUGUGUUCCACCGCCUGAGAUUUUAUAUUACGAGAGAUCAUUAUCAUCAUCGUCUUCUUUUUCGAUUGUUAAUAACCAGAAUUACUAUCAUCUUCAUUUGGAGUGACUAUGUUUUAUUACCCCUUAUUUGUAUACUAUUAGAAUCAAAGUAAUCAGGAGAUCUUGAGCUUUUGGUGAUGUGUUAUAGUUUACUCUUUCGUCCAUUUAGGAGUCAAAUGAGCGUGUUGUGAUGUCUUCUUAGGUGUGUAUAAAAUCUCUUAGUAGUAACAAAAAGUAAUAAAUUACUCUUUCAUGUUUUCAAAGUGUUGUGAUCUCUUACAGUUCCUAUAAGGAUACAUGGUACAAUCCCUGGACGUGAUGUAUGGUUUGAGAAGUUUAAUGGAAUCCAGUUCAGGAUUAACGUUAUAAGGCAGCAGUGUCGUGCCACGAGUUUGGGCCUUCUCCAGUAUAUAAUACGGCCAUUGUUCUAGAUGCAGAGGGUACCUUCUCUCAAGAUUUGUUCUAAAGAAGAAAAAGGUUACAUAUCCCUUUGUUGGUUGAAUCGGUUUGGUUAUCAUCAUGGCUCAACAAGGAUCUUUGACUCUGUGCUUGUAGCAGCAUAAGAUUAGUCUCGUUUUUACUUUCGCCAAAUGUAAGUUAAACGAAUCUCUAACUUGGGCCAGUAGCCACGUCUGCGGAUAGUGUCCAUAUCUUUUUCUAUAUGAAGUUCACUAGGUUGUAUUGUUU